UCUUUUCAACUUUUGCUAUUUAGAAAUGCCUCGUUCUUACUCUCGUUCCCCGUCACGGUCGAGAAAACAUCCGCGUCGACGUUCGCGGUCGAAAUCACGCGAAAGGGAUAAAAAAUAUUCCUCCAGCCGCAGUGACUACGACCGGUAUCGCCGUACGGAUGAUCGUUCCUCAAAAUCUCGUUCGACAACGACCGUGACAUCGUCAUCCAGAAGCGGAAGUCACCACUCUCACCGACAUGGUCACCGUGAUCAACAUCACAAGAAGUCCUCCAGCGGUGGCGGUGGCAGUGACUAUCGAAGGAGAAGUCGCUCCAAGGAUCUUGACCGAAAGAGACGAGAUCAUCAACGGAAGCGCUCUAGUUCGAGGGAAAAGUAUUCGAAAAAGAGAGAUGCCUCCAGCAAUUCGUCUAGUAGUAGCACCAGCAGCAGCGGUGAUAACAGCUCCGGAAGUUCAAGUUCGUCCAACAGUUCCAAUUCUUCAAAGUCGAAGAAAUCUGCCGAACAGAGCAAGCAACAAGAAUUCGUAUUCAAAUCGAUGGAGGAGAAUCUCGAUCCUCAACCGGAUAGCAAAGCGGACUUACUGGCGAAAUUGAACGCGGACGAGUUUGUUCCACAGAGCUUUGUGUCGACGAAGAAACCUGCCACGAAUCUAGCUGGUGGUAACAUCGUUAUAGACCUGGCUGCUCAAACCAUCAAGGUUCCCAAGGCAGAAGAGGAACACACGGAAGAUCCCCUGUUUCAUCCAAACUUUUUCGGAAACGAUGACGAACGGAUGUCCCGAUGGAUUCGCAAGCUACUAUUUAUGAGACAAAAUGCAUAAGAUCUAUAAUAUAAAUUUAUUAAACAUACUAAA